UGUGAGUCAAGGUGGAUGGAGCAGCACAGUAUGAGUUGAACCACCACAAUAAAUAGGAACAACGUCAUUUUCACUUGCAAUUAACUCCUUCAAAAUUCCAAUACUAAUUAAACAAUUCCCGGGGAUUGCUUCACACACACACACAUAGACUCCAUAAAUUCUCCUCCCACCACCACCUUCCACUGCCGUGGCCUACCGUAACCCCCCUUUUUCUUAACUCCUAAUCCAUCUCCAAACUAUUAUUCUCUCUCUAAUUACUACUUUGUUAUCAAUACAAAAUGUACUGUUUCCUGUUUCCAUAUCAUUUGUUGAUCCACUAAUCUGGAAGUGGGAAGGUUUUCUUUUUUUUUUUUUUUUUUUUUUUUUUGGAGAAUUUGUGUGGGUUUUGGAAGGGUGAAGAUAUGGAAGUAGAGCAAUUGAAGCUUGAAAAUUCAUCGGCGAUGACGUUUGAUGAAGUGUCAAUGGAGCGAAGCAAGAGUUUCGUUAUGGCAUUACAGGAACUCAAGAACUUGAGGCCACAACUCUAUUCUGCUGCAGAAUAUUGUGAGAAGUCCUAUCUUCAAAAUGAGCAGAAACAAAUGGUUCUUGAUAACCUGAAAGACUAUGCUGUAAGAGCUCUUGUCAAUGCUGUCGACCACCUGGGAACUGUUGCGUAUAAGUUAACCGACUUGCUUGAGCAACAAACAUUGGAUGUUACAACCAUGGAGCUAAAGGUCACUUGUCUUGAUCAGCGACUUCUGACAUGCAAAACAUACACUGAAAAAGAAGGACUCAGGCAGCAACAGCUAUUAGCUAUCAUCCCAAGGCAUCACAAGCAUUAUAUUUUGCCAAAUUCCGCUGGAAAGAAGGUGCACUUCAGCCCUCAAGUUAAGAUGGAUCCGAGGCAACAUUUACAAGCAAAACCGCGCCUUUAUCCUUCAGGUACACCUGCUGCAAAAACCCUCUCUUGGCAUCUGGCAACAGAAACCAAAUCGACAUUGAAAGGGACUUCACGUACUUUUAUGAGUCCUGAGGAAGCAAAAGGUUCUGAAAAAGCAUCUGCCGCGUUCAACUUGUUAGAUGAAGAGAAUACCCGGAAGAAAUCAUAUGUAGCUCGUCCUCAGUCGCCCAAUGUUGGUCCUGCUUCAAGUCUAGCUAUGCAAACAUUGGGGGUCACACGGCAGAGUGCCCUGGAAGGUAGCAAACCUCUAACACCAUACAGAUCAUUUGAUAAUCCAAGACGGGAGAUUAUCCGUGCACCUAAUCGCAGCAGGAGUAUGCUCUCGGCUUUCUUUGUCAAGCAUAAGGCACCUAAGUUGAAGACCAGUGCUGUCUCAUAAUCUACGUUAAAAUGAGAGCAGGAGGUGCAUCCAUCUAACUUUCCAUCUAUUAAAGAGAAGCUGUACUAAGUCAUCACCCAGGAGAACACCUACUUUUAAGAUCAUUCACAAGUUCACCAAGAUCAUAGGCAAUUCGUUUGGUUUGAGAAUCAAUAAAGAGCAGUGUGUAUAUUUGUAUGGUAAAAGAGAUGUUAAUAUCUGGCUUCUUGUAGAACAUAUUGUUGGAAAUUGGAAUAAUAAUUCUCUUACUGCA